GACCAGCCGCAUCGCACAGCUACGAGAGUUCAUUCUUCCUUUCUGGCGCACUUGAGACAUGCCUGGAUUGAGCAAACAAAUGAGACCGUGCAUUACUUUUUCAUCUUACAUGGGAAAUACAGUGAUUCUCUACAGUCUACAGUAAAUGAAAUCGCAGUUUCACCAUGACUUCUGUGAACACGUCAUGUGAAGCGGUGAACUGCUCCAGUCCCACUCACAUGACUGGCUGGGAAUCAACUAUAAACCAGCUCUACACAUACGUUUACCUGAUUAUAUUCAUCCCAGGCCUGCUGUGCAACACCCUGGCUCUUUGGGUGCUCUGUCGAUUCAUAAGCAAAAAGACCAAAGCCAUCAUCUUCAUGAUUAACCUGACUGUAGCUGACCUGGCUCACGUGCUGUCGCUGCCGCUUCGAAUUCACUACUACAUCACACAAGACUGGCCUUUCGGCAGCGGGUUAUGCAUGCUGUGUUUUUACCUGAAGUACCUUAACAUGUACGCUAGCAUUGUCUUUCUGGUGUGCAUCAGCAUCCAGCGCUGUGCUUUUCUCCUGCAGCCGUUCCGCGCCAAGCACUGGAAGUCUCGCUACGACGUCUGCAUCAGCGCCGCGGUCUGGCUGGUGGUGGGGCUCUGCUGCUCGCCCUUCAUUUUAAUGAGGAGCAAAUCAAAUUCUGGAAAUAACAGCACAACCUGCUUCAAAGACCUGCCCAUGCGCAAGCUGGAUGUACCCUCGGCCGUUUCCAUGAUGGUUGCUGCUGAACUCUUGGGAUUUCUCGGUCCGUUAAUUAUCAUCGGUUUCUGUACUUAUUUAAUCGUGAAAUCCUUGCGACGGCGGAACCAAAAGCAGCAGUCCACGGGUAGCACAAGAAAGGCCUUGCGCAUGGUUAGGGUGUGCACAGGGGUCUUCCUCUUCUGUUUCGCCCCCUACCACAUCAACUUUCUGCUGUACCUGAUGGUGACCCAGUGCAUUAUCACAAACUGUGCAGCGAGUCAGGCCAUCCGACUCUUCCACCCCAUCUCUCUCUGCAUCGCAAGCCUGAACUGCUGCCUCAACCCUCUCAUCUACUACUUCCUGACCACAGAGUUCAAGCAGCAGCUGUCCCAGCACGGCAGCUCUGUGCUCAGGGGCCGUCUCAUGAGCACCGAGAGCACCUCUUCCUUUAGGGAUUGAUCAGGAACCGCCAACGUUUUUACCAUUCAAGCCAUUUACUUGACUUCAGUGUAAAAACAUGGACAUUUAGUGUGCAAAUCGUGCCUUCAGACCGUGUACAAACUAAAGUCUAUGCAUUAUGUGCUAUACAUUGCUUGAACAAAAAGAUAUAAGGCUUACAAACUGAAACGUUAUGUCCAGCAAGUAUUGUUUUGACCGAAAUCACAGCCGUUCAUGGCAUGGGUGAAGUAUUUGAAGUUGAACAAUGAUAGCCGUCAAAGACUAAUUUAAAUGGGAGAAAAAUUAAACUUACGACUGACUGCAUGACAGAAACAUUUUUGUAUAAUGCAGACGCAGGAUGAACUGAUCGUGUCUCUCUCA